CUAAAUCUAGAUAUAUAGCAAACUCAGUAUAUAAAUUAUCAGAGGUCUUGUGAAACCUAAAUCUAGAUAUUUAGCCACUCAUGAUGCAUACGAAUGAAUAAAAUACAUACUAUAUAUGUGUCUCCCAUUCAGAAUAUCUCAUUCUCCCAUAGUUUCCGUCAUCAUCUUCAAAAUCUAUCACCACCAGCUCUUGUCCGAUAGAGAACAUCGUCCAUCAAUCUCAGAUGGCUCUCUCUCUGUCGAUUACAAAUCUGAGAUUGGAGAGAGGAAUGACGCAGAGAUGAGCGAAGCUCUUCCUCUUGGUUAAGCAUGAAGCAGACGUUGAAGAUGAGAACUGAAACUGCGAGAAGCACAUAUAGAGUCGGAUUGACAACGAUUUCAAGUAGAGAGGACCCGCGAAAUGGAGUAGAGAACCAUGGAUUUAAGGAUAAACAUCUCAAUUUAGUCUUGAUAAAGGUGUUGAGCUUGAAUGUUAAUGGGUUGAGAUUGAUGAUAUUUGCGCUUUCACCUUUUGGUGAGUUGCAAUUCACUCUUCUUUUAGAAGAGCCUCAUUGCUUAGUCUAAUUUGUGUUAUGAACUCAUAUGAGUAGUUUCUGCUUGGAUUUUUCUUUAGGCAUCCUUUCUAAACAAUGUGUGUAUGAUGAAAAGUGGGAAAAUGCCCAAACAAGCUACAUAAGUUAAGCAUUUGUAAGAUGUGGCUGUCUAAUUGUUUUGUGUUUUACCUUACGCUUAACCUGUUAUAUGAUUUCUUUACAUAUAAGGGUUUUUAUAUUGCACUUCCUCUCUCCGUUUUAUAUUGUUUCCCAAAAUGUUUUAUAGUUCAAGUUUCAUACAUUGACUAUUUGUUAAAGUCCUACUUUCGUGCCUACCAUUCGUUUAGGUGUAUAAAUGGUGAACUUGUAUCGAUCUUAGAGUGUGAAGAUCUUGGAAGUUUCAGCAAUCAUGUCUCUCUUGAUAGUACUAUGUCCUUCUAUUAGGCCAAAUCAUAUUAUUUUGAUGGAAAGAGGAAGGAAGUUUAUACUUUGUACUCUUGAAUUCAUUCUUUAGCCAUUUCUGCACUAAAGAAACUUCAAAGUGCACAAAAAUCUUGUCAGGAAAAGAUAAAAGACGCAUACGGUCAUGUAGAGAUUGGUGAAGUUCAAGUAGACUUGGCGGAGGUGGUUGAAUCAUGCAUGUAGCAGAUUUUGAUCAUAUUGCUACUAUAUUCAAGUUAAAUAUAUGAAGUCUAUAUUGUAAAAGUGUAACAACUUUGAAUUAAAUUUACAUUGUAGUC